UUCGCGCUGCCUGCUGCUAGUCGAGUUUCAUCGCUAAACUGACGAUUGACGCGCCCGUGUGUCGAGUUUUGCGUGCGUGUGUGUAUACUGUGUACAGAGCUGCCAGCAGUUGCAAUAAUAACAGCCGCAGACGAGUCGCACGUCAAAGCUGCUGUGCAGAAUCCUUCGAUCUGUCUCGUCUUUUUCUAACGUAAAUAACGCCGCAAAGUGUCUCACGGAAUUUCGUUGCUCUGCUGAACUUUGGAUCGUUGCAUCGAAUAAACAAUAGAUCGCCAAGAUGAUUUUAAUGACGAUGAUAGCGCGAUUAAGUGACGGUUUGCCCCUAGCAGCUGCUAUGGAGGAAGACGAGCAGGCUGGAAGAAGUAUUGUAGAAUAUAACAAUCAAGCAAAAAUGCUGUUCAGAAAACUGAACUCAUAUUCACCUAAAAAGUGUACUAUUGAAACUGGUCCAUAUUUAUUCCAUUAUCUGAUAGAGGGUGAUGUGGUUUAUUUAAUUUUAUGUGAACCUCGUUAUAAGAAAAUUACUGCUUACAGUUAUUUAGAAGAUAUAGCGCAAGAAUUUAAUGCUCAGUACGGCAAAAGAGUCAAUACUGUUACAAGGCCCUAUACAUUUAUUGAAUUUGACACUUACUUGAAAAAAGCUAAAAAGGUAUUUUUAGAUGGAAAACCUAGAAGAAAUAUGAAUGAAUUAAACUCACAACUUCAAGAUGUCCAGAGAAUAAUGGUACAAAAUAUUGAUGAUGUCCUGCAAAGAGGCACAAUAUUAUCAGAACUGGACUCCAAAACACAACACUUAUCCAUGCUAUCACAGAAGUACAGAAAAGAUGCUGCUCUCUUGAAUAGUAAAUCGAUAUAUGUUAAGGCUGUUGUUGGAUUAGUUGCAUUUUCAGCAUUUGUAUUAUACUUCUUCAUUCUUUAGUAAAAGAAAAAAAUUUUGGUAUUGUUAUCUUGUGAAGGGUUAGUUUUAUACUUAUAUUAAUGAGUUGAAAAACAGUAGCUGCAUGAUUAAAAAAUUAUUUACAUCAAUUUUAUUGUAUGAGCUUUACUUUUAAAAUCCCUGAUUCACCAAAACAUCUUUUGGAUUAUAUUUUGCUAUUCAUCUUUUAAAAGUGAGUUUUGUUUGAUUUACAUAUGUACAUUAAUUUUGAUAGACUGUAAUGACUUGUCAAUGUUUAAGUGAUAUGUAUUUGAAUUGUCUUUGGGAGAAAAUACGAGAAAAAUAGAUGCUUUAUAAUUAUGAACCUAU